CGGCCCCUAGUCCGACUCUCUGAUAAGAGAGAAUGAUUCAACGCAUCCCCCCCUCAUCACUUCUCGAUGAGGUCUCAACCCAUCGGAGGACGUUCGUUCCCAGCGAGUGGGCAGUUCUACCCCAUGGAAGCCACUCAACAAGCCUCAUCCUCCGUAUCACCGCAGCAAUGUUCUCCUUCGUAGUUUUAGGAAUGAUGGAUGGUAUCGACCCUCGGAGUCAGUCAUGGUCCCCCAAUUCGAAGACUACUACGGCCUAACGGACCUCCGCGUCUCCUUUGUCUUCCUAGUAUGGCCUGUCGGCUACGUGGUAGCCGCCUAUCUCAACAGUGUUAUCCACAUAUGGUUCGGCCAACGGGGCAUCGCUGCCAUCGGCCCCCUAUUCCACAUUAUUUUCACCGCUGCUGCAUCACUCCAUACUACUAUGUACUCCUCGCCUUCCGGUUCGAGGACUCGAACAAGUAUCGCAACGACCACCAACUGGAUCAUAGUUUUCAUGCAGCGAGUUAACCACGCAUCUGACUACUUAGCCAGCCUUUCGUCGUCCGGCUUUUGGAUCGGCCGGGCGUCUCACGCUCGGGGCGCUGGCCGACACGCUCGGGAUCCGAGUCUUCCAAGUAGUGGUUUUCGCCCAAUUGGUCGCCACGCUUCUGAUCUGGUUCGCAUUUCCAAGAUUACCACGGAACACACCACGCAGGGAACAAUUAGAAUAGAUGAUUUGGUAGUUAACAGCAUUAUCGAUUUGCUAAAAUAG